UAUGAUUUUAUUGGAAAUUUUUAAAAAAUCAUGAAAAUAGACAAUCCUGAAAAUGUAGAUUUUUAAAAACUUUACAGCCAUUUCCUUGCCCUGUGAGAAAUAAUAUCUCUAAAUUAUGGUUGAUGUCCUUCAUCUUUUUCCUGCUAAAGCAUUUCCCAGUAAAUACCUAGCAAGGCAGUUGUCGGUGCUCAACGGCACACCGCUGCCCUGCAGGAACCCAGGGGCCUGGGCUGACCUGAAGCUGUCUCACCUCUCACCUUGACCUCCCAGAAGCAUUGUUUGAUCCUUUCUGGAGACUUCCAAGGUAAGAAGCAGCCCUACCUCCGGCCACCCUACUCUGCAGACCAGAAUGGGAGCAAGUGUUGCUGAGGACCCUCCCAGACCAGUUCUCUUGCUCUGCAGGCUCAGGGUGGAGGAGCCUGCACCCUAUUGUGGUCAACAGCACAGAGGGUGACUAAGGCAAAAAGGCACAAGAUGAUCCCAACUUUCUUCCUGACUCUGUCCCCACCAGGCUGUGUGACCUCAGACAGGACACCCAACCUUUGUGGGACUGCCCUCCACCUGAAAUUGUGGUAGAGGUUGUCCUCCAUGAUGUUAGGAGACAAAGGUUCCCAACACCUGCCUGUUCCUCCACAUGGUCCCACUUUGAUGACCUCCAGGGGACUUGCCCUCUCAACUCUACCCCCACCGUUUUCCCCACACAGUUAAUCCUGUCUUGGAAGACCAGGACUAACAUGCAUAUUAUGUGAAAUAAAAAUAUAGGCUAAGUGAACUACACUGUCUUCCUUUAGCAGGUUCCAGGAGUCCAUCACAUAGCAAGGUGGGCUGUCAUCCCUCAGAGAAGCUGAGAUUGAGGCACAGAAAGAGACCUAUGUGAUGUCACAUGUGGUAGGAGAAGGCAUGGUGGUGUCGGAGACUUGCUCCAAAUUGGAAGUCACGGUUGGGGAUGGCACAUAGGCUGCCUCUGCUGUGGGUGCUGCUGGAGCUCCUUGGACCAGUAGUAGUACCCUUCAGUCAAUCCUUCCCCAGCCUGGGAAACUCCAGGCAGGCCAGCCAGCCUGGGCCACAGGGCCCUGGCACAAGUCUGGAAGGACACACACCACUGUAGUCAGGCAGACUCUCUGCAUGUGCAAUGAUGGGAAGAUAUAGUGCCAUCUUUGAAUUUUUUACAAUAGUGGGUUUUUUUGAGUGUUUGGUUUGGUUGGUGCUACAAGGUCUCACUACAUUGCCCAGGCUAGCCUUGAACUUGUGAUCCUCCUGCCUCAACCUCCCAAGUAGUUGGGAUUAUAGGUGUAUACCACCACGCCUGGCCAUAAUGGCGUUUUAUCAGGAAAAGAAAAAAAGUAGAGAUGCUUUCAUUUUCUAAAAGUUGCGUGGGAGUAUGGAAGGAAUGCUGGUUGGUGCAGCCACAGGAGUCAGGGUGAGUUCAUGGAGAUGGAGUGUCGGUGGGACAGAUUCAGAAGGAUGUCUAAUUGGUGUGCUCCAGAGGGCUGUGGGAAGCACACGCAUGACCCUGAGGACCCAGGGCCUAAGGAAGGGACCACAGGGCUGAGGCAGGCAUUGCACUAAGGACAUUACUUGGAGUUGACUCCAGGCCUGAUGGAGCAGGGGCCAGUGGGGGUCAAGUCCAUCCCAGUCUCAGGCUUCCCUUACCUUAUCAGUGGCUGUGGGCAAGGUUUGAAGGAGCUAGAAAAAAGAAGGCUGAGGAGGAGCCUGUGAAGUUGGGGUCUGGAUAUUCAACCACCCUGACCCCUCAUUCAGGCCCAGGUGACUUCCCACAUCAGGAACAGGCCCCCUGGGCUACUGUGGCUGUUGCCAGGCUACUCACAAAAAGGACUGUCAAAUACAUGUGGAAGGGGAGUUAGAAAGGACAGACAGAAAGACAGAAAGAAGCAACAACCAAGAGAGACAGAGACACUCAGAAAUAUUUAUUAAGGGACCAUAGAAAGAGACACGGAGAGAGAGAAAGAGAGAGUUAGGGAGACAGAAGAGUAAAGAAUGAGAGACAGAGACAAAGGGAGAGAGACAGAGAGACUGAAGGCAAGACCUAUGUCCACUCAUUUGCUUCUUAGGAGCAGAGAGAGAGGAUAGUACAAAUCAAGAGGUGGAAAGAGAAAGAACAGAGCUGGAGAGGAAAUAAAGGGGGUCCCCCUGUCAACAUCAUGAGAACAAACAUUUGCCAUCACUUACAAACAUUUGCUUAGCACCAACCUAGAUGCUCCAGGAAACAAAAAGGUGCAGGCCCGGGUCCCGUGCUACCUAGAAGGGACAUCACCCCCACACCCGGGAAGGCUUAAUAACGGGCUCAGGCAGCCCUCCCAAGGGCUGGGCGGGAGGUAAGGUAAAAGGGCUGCAUUUGAGCUGCCUGCUGGAGGGCAGGCAGGAGGGAAGGAUAAGUGUCUGGGAGGGAGGCCUGGCAUCGGCAAAGGUGUAGAGGUGGGAGUCAGGUACAACAGGAGGGCUUGAAUGCCAAGCUCAGGAGGCUGCAGGGUGUGUGGUAGAAGCUGUGUUUAGCCAGACUGGGGGGAGCACAGAACAAAAUGGACACGAGGGAGGUAGCACCCCCCCUGCAGCUCCUUCCCAACACCCCUGUCUCUUUUCCCCCCUCUUUUUCUGCAGUGCUGGGGUUGAACCUGGGGCCUCCUUCUGUGUCUCCACCACUGAGUUUCACUUCCCAUCUGACACUUCUCACCUCCUGGCCUUUGAUUAUGCAGAACCCCCACCUGGAAGCCCUUCCCUUCCCACAACCCUUUUCAAGGCCAAUGCGGAGGCCCAGUUUAAGGCUCUUCCCAGGAGUCUUCUCUUCCAGAAGCCCCCAGGCCAGGACAGAUGCUCCUGGGCUUGAUCCCAGUCCAGGAGCCCACCAGAAAUCCUGGUCUGAGCCAAGUCAUGUUCUUGACCAAGACCAGAAAGCACAAUUUGGCCCCAUCUGCAUCUUUGCCUUACCACACCCAGCAUUUGCCUCUCCCCCGCAGCUGUCUGGCCUGAGUAUCCAAAUCCCCAAAGAAAAGGAGAAUGAGGUGGGGAGGGGUGGAGUGACAGAGUGGCACCCAUUUGCCUAGAGGUGCUUUGGGCUGGUUGGUCACAGAGCAGUGACACAUUGCCCAGCGCAGAGGGAGCAGCACUGGGGAUAAUUGCCUGGUCAGAAGAGCCUUCACGGAGACAGCCUGCCUCUGCCUUAAGUCUUUAGGGGCUGGGCUGAGGACUAGACACGGCCUCCUCCUCAGACCCCUGGAAAAGGAGAAAGAACUCCUGGGGCCAUCUGGCAGCUGCCCCCACCCUACCACAGCCAUGGACAGGUUCCGCUUGUUUUUCCAACACUUCCAGAACAGCUCCGAGUCUGUGAUGAACGGCAUCUGCCUGCUGCUGGCCGCGGUCACCAUCAAGCUGUACUCCUCCUUCGACUUCAACUGCCCCUGCUUGGCGCGCUACAACACCCUCUACGGCCUGGGCCUGCUGCUCACGCCCCCGCUCGCCCUCUUCCUCUGUGGUCUCCUGGUCAACCGGCAGUCUGUGGUGAUGGUGGAGGAGUGGUGCCGGCCCGAGGGGCUCCGGAGGAAGGACUCGGGCAUCAUCUGGUACAUGUGCUCCUCUGUGCUGCAGAGAGCGCUGGCUGCCCCCAUGGUCUGGAUCCUGCUGGCCCUCCUUGAUGGAAAGUGCUUUGUGUGUGCCUUCAGCAAUUCUGUGGACCCUGAGAAGUUUCUGGACUUUGCCAACAUGACCCCCAGCCAAGUGCAGCUCUUCCUGGCCAAGGUGCCCUGCAAAGAAGAUGAGCUGGUCAGGGACAACCCUGCUCGAAAGGCCGUAUCUCGAUACCUGCGGUGCCUGUCACAGGCCAUCGGCUGGAGUAUCACCCUGCUGUUGAUUGUGGCGGCCUUCCUGGCCCGUUGCCUGAGGCCCUGCUUCGACCAGACAGUCUUGCUGCAGCGCAGAUACUGGAGCAACUACGUGGACCUGGAACAGAAGCUCUUUGAUGAGACGUGCUGUGAGCAUGCCCGGGACUUCGCGCACCGCUGCGUGCUGCACUUCUUCGCCAGCAUGCAGAGUGAGCUGCGGGCUCGGGGGCUGCGCCGGGAUCUGGGGGAGGAGCCCCCUGAGCCCCUAGUCGACCUGGAUGGCCGAAGUGGGAAGGCACACCUGCGCGCAGUCUGUAGCCAAGAGCAGGUGGACCACCUCCUAAGUACCUGGUACUCCAGCAAACCUCCACUUGACCUUGCUGCAUCCCCGGGGUUCUGGGGGGCUGGCCUCAGCCACCGUGCACCCAUGGUGUCUCCAGGCACAAGGCUGUCCCAGCACACUGAUGUGUAGGGACCCUGCCAGGCUUGAAUGGCAACAGUGCACCCAUGUGAAAUGCCCAUGUUGACACCCAUGUUCCAAGGCCUUAGGACCCCAGGGCAGACAGUCUACCCUCAUUGGCCUCCGUCUCAAAUGGUCCAGUCUCGACCUAGCUUAUGAAUGUGGGUUCUAGUCAAAUGCCAGUUCUGAUUCAAUGCAUCCAGGACUGGACCACAGAAUCUCAAAACAAGCUCUUGAGUAAUACUGAUGUUUCUGGUCAGUGGACCAAACCUGUGUAUCAUAGAUACUGUGUGUGUGUACAAUAUGUAACAACAAAUCCCACCAUUAUAUACAAUUAUAAUGCACUGAUUUUAAAAAUGAGGGCGGGGGGAGUCUAAAUAGAACUGUUAUGGGUUCUGGGUCCUAGAUGUUGAUUUUAAAUAAUAAAAAUAAUCAUAAUAGCA